AUGCCAGCAUUAAAGCCGUUGCUCGUGUUCGGUCUACGUGGCACUCUCGUGGAGCGCAUCCAUGUCCGCAACGUCCCGGAAGGUAUGCCAGCGCCAGACCUCACUGUGGGCAUGAUGAAGGUCUGGCUGCGCCCCCACAUGAUGGAGGUUCUUAACGAACUACAGUCGCAUUGUCGUCUCUCGAUUUGGAGCUCCACUACUGCGCGCAACACGCAGCCGCUCGUGAGGGCUGUGUUCGAUAGGAACAUGGCGCCACAGGCUGCUGCGAUGGCUGCCACGGCGGUGACUGCUCGUUCGGUGCUCACAGCAGCGCCAUCGGCGACACCGACGAAGCACGAGAUGGCCAACGCGUCUGCGAUAGACGCAGCCUCCGACGCUGCUGCAUCUGCCAGAGACGGACGCGGCGGGCGUUUUGGUAAGAAGAAUCGACCGGCCACAUCCGAUGCGGCGGCUAAGGAGAGUGUGUCGGCGUCCAUCAUCGACAUUACGCAGCCACAGAGAGUCCACUUUGAGUUUGUCUGGGCGCGCGAGCACACACGUGUGGAUGACUUCCGUCGCCUCAACGCCGCCGUUGCCGACGACAGCCACGCCACGGUAAAGGACCUGUCGCAUGUGUUUGCGCAGUUCCCGUCUAUCGCGCAACCAGAGAAUACGGUGCUGAUUGAUGACACCCCCAGCAAGGCGAGGAUGCAGGCAGCUAACUACGUGUGGCUCGAUGGGUGCGAUGGCCUGCGCAUUAAAGACGAAGCGGGUCUCUACCGUCUGCGCGACUUCGUGAUGAAGGAGUUGGUACCAGCGAAGGAUGUGCGCGAGCUGCUGCCGCGCCGCAUUCGUAUCUGA